CCCACUGCAUAUCCACCAGGCCCUCUAUUUCAGACCGUUCGAUCCCAAACGUGAGCGAAUCAGACGGUGGCAUUUGCUCUGACUCAGAACCGUUUCGGUGCAGCGUCAUCUCCUUCCUGAGAACGAAGCAGAGAUAGACCGAACCUUCCUUUCAGACACUUUCUCUCUCUUCAGAAAGAAAACCCUAAUUCUCCAAAAUUUGAUUCCUUUCUGACAUAGUUCUUCCCCAAAUUCACUCCUCCUGCAGACCCAGAUCGCUUUUCUUCUGCUUCCUAAUUCGCUGCCGUCGAAUUUGCGAUAUUUUUCUGCCUCCCCAUUAUGGAGAAGGAAGAGAGCAAACCCGACAUUCAGAAAAGUGGCGGCGAAAGCGAAGAUACUGAACCAAUAGAGCUCGUUCACUUUCAGGUGUCCGAGUGUUACGUCUACAUAAUACCGCCAAGAAAGAGUGCAGCUUCUUAUAGGGCUGAUGAAUGGGAUGUCAACAAAUGGGCAUGGGAAGGGAUAUUGAAAGUCGUUAGCAAGGGAGAAGAAUGCAUUAUAAAACUUGAAGAUAAGAGCACAGGUGAAUUAUAUGCUCGAGCAUUUUUAAGAAAUGGAGAGCCGCAUCCUGUGGAGCCUGUUAUUGACAGCAGCAGAUACUUUGUUCUUCGCAUAGAAGAGAACAUAGGUGGUCGCCUUCGGCAUGCUUUUAUUGGCAUAGGAUUCCGAGAAAGAACAGAGGCUUAUGACUUCCAAGCUGCUUUACAUGAUCAUAUGAAAUAUCUGAACAAAAAGAAAACUGCUGAAGAAAUGGAACAACAUUACCAGCAAAGUUCCUCGGUUGAUUACAGUCUGAAAGAAGGAGAGACUCUUGUACUGCAAAUUAAGAACAACAAAAGUGGUCACAGCAUGAAGUCCAAGUUUUUUGAGCUGGGUCUGAACAAUUCCCCAGAAGAAAAGAGUGGAAGAAAAGAAUCUGUACCUAGCAUUAAGUUACCUCCGCCUCCUCCAGCACCACUUUCACCAGUUAUUGCCGCACAGAAGUCGCCAACAAACUCGCCUACAAAAUUCAGCCUUGAGAAAACUUCUAAAAUUGAGACUCCCAAAACAGUUAAAGAAGACCCACAACAUGAGGAUUCUCCUGAAGAUCAAAGCACACAGGAUGUACCAGAUGAUGAUUUUGGCGAUUUCCAAGCCGCUGGUUAAACUAUCCAUCGUCAUGCAGUUUGAAUCUUUGAUGAUUAGAAAAUAUGCAAAAUUGUGAACUCCUUGUUCAUCUGGCAGAUACCAAAGGCCGCGAAUUCAGCUUGGAGAUUCAAUUUAAUUCUGUCCUUACCGAGCAGAGAAAGUAAACUCCACAUAGGCAACAAAAUAUCAUUAGGAAUCAACCUUAAUGCUUUGUAAUCGAUGGUUGUUUUAUUUGCACUGCGAGCUAUUAUGUGAGAGUUUUUCUUCACUUUAUUUCAGUUUUAUGUUUUGUUUAUAUUUCUGAGUGUUGGGAUACCUCAAUAGUCAUUAAUACAUCUUAAAUCGGGUGCAUAGUUUUGUUGAUAACAUAAUUGCUGUUAUGAUGAAUGAAGCAAAUUGAGCAU